CUCACCCCCACUCCCUCCUCCGUCCUAUUAAAACACCCACCGGCUCACUUGUUAAGACCCCCUUAAGUUGGAGGAGGCAGAAAGGGAGCAGCGAAGAAGGAGAAGUCAAGGCGCCUGGAAAGAAUUACCCAGUACUGGCUUCGAGCAGCCCAUUGAACCGGGGACUUGAACCAGCCAAAGACUUCUUCAUUCUGCGCUUCCUAAACUCUGCUGAAUCUUCACCGGGUUUUAGGUUGAUGUGAAAAAAGAGACUUUGCGUUAUCGGAAGGAGGGGGAUUAGAGCAAAUAGCAAAACAAGGGGGGAAAGUUAAUUUAUUUUUAAAGCACAUUUAACAAAAAGAAUUAGAAGCUUUAAACGCAACGAAAGUAAUAAAAGAGAAUAUUAGUGCAAUUUCUUCUCAAAGAGGGGAGAACCAAGUAUUUAAGACUCCUCCAUCCUUUUUUUUAAAUGUUGUUUUUAAAUUUCUUAUUUUUUUUGGCCGGUCGUCUCAAAUUCAUCUGAUUUCUUAUUACCUCAAUUUUGGAAACUUCCUUCCACGACCCUCCGGGACCACACAGACAGGCGGAGGACGAGAGUCUAUGAGCAGGAUCUGAACAAGAUGCAUUGUGAGAGGUUCCUAUGUGUCCUGAGAAUAAUUGGCACAACACUUUUUGGAGUCUCUCUCCUCCUUGGCAUCACAGCUGCUUAUAUUGUUGGCUACCAGUUUAUCCAAACGGAUAAUUACUACUUCUCCUUUGGGCUCUAUGGUGCCUUUUUAGCAUCACACCUCAUCAUCCAAAGCCUUUUUGCCUUUUUGGAGCACCGGAAAAUGAAAAAGUCCCUCGAGACCCCCAUCAAAUUGAACAAAACUGUAGCUCUUUGCAUUGCUGCGUACCAGGAAGACCCUGACUACCUACGGAAAUGUUUGCAAUCUGUGAAAAGGCUGACCUACCCCGGGAUUAAAGUCGUGAUGGUCAUAGAUGGGAACUCAGAUGAUGACCUUUAUAUGAUGGACAUCUUCAGUGAAGUCAUGGGCAGGGACAUGUCAGCCACAUAUAUCUGGAAGAACAACUUUCAUGAAAAGGGACCUGGCGAAACAGAAGAAUCCCAUAAAGAAAGCUCCCAACACGUAACCCAACUGGUCUUGUCUAACAAAAGCAUUUGCAUCAUGCAAAAAUGGGGUGGAAAGAGAGAAGUCAUGUACACAGCCUUUAGAGCACUGGGACGAAGCGUGGAUUAUGUACAGGUGUGUGACUCAGAUACCAUGCUUGACCCUGCCUCAUCUGUGGAGAUGGUGAAGGUCUUAGAAGAAGACCCUAUGGUUGGAGGUGUUGGGGGAGAUGUCCAGAUUUUAAACAAGUAUGAUUCCUGGAUCUCCUUCCUCAGCAGUGUAAGAUAUUGGAUGGCUUUUAAUAUAGAAAGGGCCUGCCAGUCUUAUUUUGGGUGUGUCCAGUGCAUAAGCGGUCCUUUGGGAAUGUACAGAAACUCCUUGCUGCAUGAGUUUGUAGAAGACUGGUACAAUCAGGAAUUCAUGGGCAACCAAUGCAGUUUUGGUGACGACCGGCAUCUUACCAACCGGGUGCUGAGUCUGGGCUAUGCCACGAAGUACACAGCUCGGUCCAAGUGCCUUACUGAAACCCCAAUAGAGUAUCUCAGAUGGCUGAACCAGCAGACACGCUGGAGCAAGUCCUACUUCCGAGAGUGGCUGUACAACGCCAUGUGGUUUCACAAGCAUCACUUGUGGAUGACCUACGAAGCUGUUAUCACUGGAUUCUUUCCUUUCUUUCUCAUUGCCACAGUCAUCCAGCUCUUCUACAGGGGUAAAAUAUGGAACAUCCUCCUCUUCCUGUUAACUGUCCAGCUAGUGGGUCUCAUAAAGUCAUCUUUUGCCAGCUGCCUUAGAGGAAACAUUGUCAUGGUCUUCAUGUCUCUCUAUUCAGUGUUAUACAUGUCAAGUCUACUUCCUGCCAAGAUGUUUGCAAUCGCAACUAUAAACAAAGCUGGGUGGGGCACGUCAGGAAGGAAGACCAUCGUUGUUAAUUUCAUCGGACUUAUUCCAGUGUCCGUGUGGUUUACAAUCCUUCUAGGUGGUGUGAUUUUCACCAUUUAUAAGGAAUCUAAAAAGUCAUUCUCCGAAUCCAAACAGACCGUGCUCAUUGUGGGAACCUUGAUCUACGCAUGCUACUGGGUCAUGCUUUUGACUCUGUAUGUGGUCCUUAUCAAUAAGUGUGGCAGGCGGAAGAAGGGACAACAGUACGACAUGGUGCUUGAUGUAUGAUCUCGCGAUGAUGUUUGCAGCCGCACAUGGAGAAACACACACACACACACACACAC